AAAUGUAUAUAUUACAACUUAACUGUCUCAUCGCGUGUCAUAAAACGUUUGUGUACAUGUAUACAUCAAAAUUAAACAAAGGCAUGAUCGAUAUUCACACAAAAACGGGUGUCAAUUUUAAGAAUGCUUUUGUACAAAGUCUUUGUUAAUAUUGUAUUUCUAUUUAAUGGAGUUCAAUGUCUUUACAUGUGAAAAAGUAAGCGAACCAGAAACGUUCAAAUAUUUUCAACGCAGUAGGUUUGUUAAAAUUGUGAAUACUUCGAAGUGAAAAUAUUUUUCUGUUUGGAUAUAGGUUACGGAUGAAAUAGGAUAUAAAAAUAUUUUUUGAAACUUCGAAGGUUUUUAAUUAAACUACUUGUUUCCCAACAUUCAGAGCCAGUAACACUAGCUAAUGAUGGAAAAAUCUACCGACAAUGACAACAUUGAGCUGGUUGAGAAACACUUACCGGGAGACUGGCAGCAAGGGAAGAGCCUAGCAGCCUGUAUGGUAGAGCUGUUUGACAAAAGCCUCUGGACAGAUGUCAAGUUUCACUUUAAAAAUCAAGAGCAAGAGCAAACGAUUCAAGCACAUAGAAUUGUCUUAGCAGCAAGAAGUCCUGUUUUCCAGGCGAUGUUUUUCGGACCUUGCGCAGACGGAAAAACUGAAAUUGAACUGAAAGAUGUAGAAAAGGAAACAUUUCUUCUUUUCUUAAGGUAUAUCUACAGCGACACAAUUACACUGAACAAGGAAAACGCUUCUGCAGUGUUGGAAAUGGCUCACUACUAUCAAGUUUCAGGCCUGGUAAAGCUUUGCGCUGACUUCCUGGCAACCGUUAUCACAACACAAAAUUGCUGUGAAAUUUUAACAUUCGCUAUGUUUUAUAACCUGACAAGUCUUAAAACAUCGUGUUGUUCCUUCAUCGACAGCAACGCAGAACAAGUCCUCAAAUCGGAUUGUUUCUUGGACCUAUCUGCAGAAUGUCUUCUAUAUAUUCUAAAAGGCGAUACUUUAUUCGCCAAAGAGGAAGUGAUUCUAGAAGCAGCAGAAAGAUGGUCCAGGAAGAAACUCUUACAGAGUGGAAAGGAAGACAACGGCGCAAAUAUCCGUAAAAAUCUCGGUGAAUCGUUCUUUCAGCUGAGACUGCCAACAAUGACAUAUAAAUCAUUGCUGGAGUAUACAAGCAGGAAGGGUUAUUUUUCCAUUGAGGAAUAUGCAGAUGUUGCGGCAUUUAUCAAUAAAGUCCCUGAUGUUAAUGUGUCAACUAAUUCUUGUGUAUCACGGGUACCCGAGGUAGAAACAUUAACGGUCGAAAUAGACGACGGCAGCGCAUAUGGAGGAUGUGAACCUAAGGACCGGUUGUCUAUUACUUAUAACUUUUUCAUAUUAAAGGAUGUUGCACUAUCAAAUUUUGUUUUGUCUGAGAUUAAACCGUACUUGAAAUACGAAAGGUACUAUACAACAGAGCUGCCAGAAAGCAUUGACUUAAUUUUGUCAGGCAGUGUCAUUAUUAAAUGUUUGGAAUUUGAACAAAAGUUUUCGCUUCGACAGCAACAACAUGAAAAAGUGAAAAUUGAUAUCAGUCCAUCGUUAGUUUUGAGGAAGAGAGAAACGCCAUAUAGUGUUGAAAUAAACAUUAAAUAUGAAUAUAUAAAAAUACAAAUGAAGACUACACUUGAUAGAAACAAAAAACGUAUUUCAAACGAUACCGGUAACAUAUCGGUCUGCAGCGUGGGUGAUGAAAGAUUAUCAGUGAUCAAAAGUAUCGGAUUCCUGAAUUUUUCAAAUCGUGACCUGGGCAAAGAUAUGGACACUGAUUCCAAUGAAUUGAGGAGUGAUAAACUGCAAUCAACUGAGGGCGACUUAAGCCAGGAAAUGUCGAAAUAACAAGUUGGAAACUCAAGUUGUGGGAGUUAAAAAAAACUGCAACAAUACAAACUUCAAUAUAUAAUUAAAGUAUCUGUAAGUAAAAAGAAGUUAAAACACGUUUUCCACCGGGUGUUUGUUUCCAGAGGCUUCUUAAUAGUUGUAAGUUGUCAAACACACACGGGACUCUUAUUCCAAUGUUAGUGUUUUUAUUUGGAAAAGCAGGACGUCGCACUGAGGGCCCUCUUGUUUCGCAGUCAGACCGUGGAUCGCAUGUAUUUUCAUGAAAUAAGUGUUCACGAAAUCAGUUAUUUAACAUGAAUGUUAGGUUGAAAUCUUAUAGUGGCAUAAAAUCCGCAAAUUUUUAAAACGUUUCAUAAAGGGAAACUUGUUCUAAGUGAAAAAAAUCACGCUGCAUGCUAUAAUAAAUAAAUGAUUCAGAUGUUUUUUGAGAAACCAUGCUUGCUUUCCACAGGUAAUCUACCUCUGUAUGGAACUCCAGAUUGUUGGCAUUGCAUACAAAUAUUAAUAAUAUAUUUUAAUUAAUAUCGUCCUUGGCACCGCAAACAAGAUAUGCAACCAAAGAUAACAUUAAUCUUACGAAGAUGCAUUUCUAAAGCAUUACGUAAAAAUGUAAUUUUCAAUGUAAAUCUCUAACAAACAUAACAUUUAUUUUUUUAUUCGAAUCAUUCUUAGGAUAGAGAAUGUAUAUCAAAUUUACUCUUGAAAUAAUUUUUCGUUGCCUUGGCGACAAGGAUAGGGAAAUCAGUUAUAUAUUAAAACCUGGUCCAGUUUGCAACAUUCAACAUUGAUACAUGUACCUGUGUAAAUGAUCAAACGUGUAAAAUCCUUUACUAGUAAAAUAAAAAGUAUUGCAGAGGCAACAAGUACUCUUGAAACUCUGGCUAGAAGGGUUAAAUGCAAUGCAAUGAAACUUAACAUACGCAAUGAAAAGGCAGUACAAGAACUACAGGGCCUUAGGAAUGAAGAGCAUACUGUAAACGAAAACAUAUUAACACAGCCCGUAAGGAAACGAAGGCAUUGGGUGAAAGUGUGCAACUCAUAUUUAACGUAGCUAACAAGGAAAGAGAAUACAAGAAAUUGCAGGAAAAAAGACAAGUUUUAAAUAGAUGACUUGGAAAAAGAGCACAUGAAAUUGCGGGAAAGUACAGCACAGCUUUAAAUGCAAAUUGAACUACAAGGACCUAUUUGGACAGAUGGAUACGGAAAAAAUGUAAUGAAAAGAACAAUGAUGAUGAAAACAACAGUGAGGAUGAAAUCAAAAGUAAUAAUAAAAAGAACCAUAAUGAUGAAAACAACAGUGAUGACGAAAACAACAAUAUUAAUCAAAAGAACAAUGAUGAUGAAAGCAACAAUGUACCAUUUCUGAAGAAACAAAAAUCCUGUAUAAGGUCUAAGUGGACACAGAUUUUUGCUGCAGGAAACUUAGCACACAUCUGAUGAGACAUUUUCUGUGAACAUUUUAGUCGUAGUAGUUGCAUUACUUGUGAACAGCUGCUUAUGAACAUAAGAAUAUCUAUCGUUUUAAGUUGUACCAUCACUUUAAACAGAAACGUAAAAGUACAAAAUCAUGUCUGUUUUUGGACAAACCUUUUGUUGAAAGUAUAGUUACCUAUCAUCUAUAGAGAAUACCUGAAUAGAUUAUAUAUUUUUUUAUAUGUACUUGUAAUAUAGAAAAAUACAACUUCCUUUUGGAAAUGACCUUCAUAUACAA